AAUUUUGAAAUGAGAUACUGAGCAAACCUUUUCUCCCCACUUAGUUGUUCAUUCAUGAAAGAAACAAUCGCAUUGGGGAAUUUCGCUUGUUUUCGGUUGCGUUCAUGUUGUAGCGGUAAAAAGCGUGUUCUACUCUAUUCAUUGGUACUGUAUUGCAGUAUAUUGUGUAGAAAUGUGUGAAUUAACUAGUGAGGAGAAAUACGCAGCGUGGAAGGGAAGUCUGGACGAAACUUUUCUUCUGAAAAUAACUGGUGUAGCAAAACUCGACCAAAUAGAAGAUUUGCGACUGUGUGGGCUUGAAUUAUGCGACGAUGAUUUGCGACCUGACGUUUUGAACAAGCUAUCGUCUCUAGUUGAACUAAAUUUGUCAGGAAAUCGGUUAACAUGCAUACCGGAAGGUAUUGUGUUAAAAAAACUGCAAUACCUGGAUAUUUCGAAUAAUCGAGUUGCUUCUGUGGAAUGGGUAAAAAGGUUUCCAGGUCUGAUUGAUCUUGAUAUAUUUGGGAACAUUGGCCUGACUGUAGACGAUCGAUAUAAGAUUACAUUCCUGCUGGAAAAUUUAAACCGCUUGGAUCGAAAGGGUUUAGAAGAGAGCGACAAAUUACGAGAGACUUUCACAAAGAAGUUGAUAGUUCGAAUUAACAAUCUUUGGAAAAAAGAAUUUGCCGACAAUAUUCCUGAUGAUUCAACUGAAAAAGAUGUCUUGAAGUUGCAGAACGAAUUUGUACAGCGUGCCAAAGCAAAAGUACAUUAUGGACCUAAUUCUCUAAAAGGGUAUCGCCUUUGGAGAAUUGAAGCAAUUGCAAAAGAACUUGUGUUGUUUAAAAUUGAAUGCCCUGGUAGUAAUCUACUGCUGGAAAUAGUAGAUGAUACAUCAAGCUCUGAGGAAAAUCCUGCAGUCAAAUCUGAAAAGAAGCUAACUAGAAAAGCAAAGAAUCGACAUACUGAAGAAACUUGUGGAGAUGUCUUUUCUCCUUUUUCAUUUCUUCAGUGCCAUAGUAAAGAUAAUGGUUCAAGUGACUUUUCAACACAAGUGUGGUGCUGCUCAUUUGAACCUGACAUCGAAGAAAAAUCUAAAACAACAAAUCUUGUUGCAACGUGUGGCGGGGACACGGUAUGCAUCACUGAAUGCACAACGGCGAAAGUGCAAAUGCGAUUUCAACAAAAAAAUGAAGAAUUCUACGUCGUCGCUUGGUCUACAUUAAAUAUAAAUAAACACAAGAGUAAUAUUCUUGUGGCUGCUGGUUGCUUGGGCUUUAUUCAUUUACUCCACCCUAAACAAGGCUUGUGUUAUGGCCGCAUUAAUGCUCAUUCAUCUCCGAUUCAAACAGUGAUGUUCUCUCCAUAUUGCCCUACGCAUUUGUUAACAGGGGAUAAAAAAGGAAACGUUUAUAUGAUAGAUAUAGAUGUCCCUACUAUACCUGAAUAUAAAUUCUCGUGGAAGAAGUUGAUGCGAUUUGUAGGGAUUGAUGCAACACCACUUAAAUUCUGCAUUCCCCCUAUUGGUGGGUAUCUUCUCUGUGCAAGCGAAUAUGGGUUGUAUUGUUGGAAAUCAAAUGAUAUAAUGAAAACGUUUCCAAGGGGCAGAUCUUCUGUUAUAAUCAAUGAUAAUCUAUCUGAGCUAAGAUUUCCAGGAACAAAAAUGGAGGAAUCAAUGGUAGAUGCCUUGGCAAUGUUAACUGAUGAUAUGCUUGCUACUAAGGUAUCCCAACAAGGCUGUAUCUUUCUCUGGAAGUUCUCUGAUGUUGAGCCUAAAUUAAAAGCAACAAAAGGCAACAAAGUGAGCGUAAUCACUGUACCAGUGUUUAAAGAAUUAAAAUGGUCCAACACAAAGCAAUGCUUUAUAAACAUGGCAGCUUGUGUGCCAAAAUGUUCAAUUAUUUCCGGUGAUGAAGUUGGUAAUAUCUGGAUUUAUAAUUUAUCUGACGCCCUUGAAGAAACCUCUUCCUACAAAGCUAAGAAAUCCAAAGCAAUUGUCCCGGAUAAAAUAACAGAACCUUCCCGAAUUAUACCCUUUCCAAAAUGCACCAACACGAGUGGCGACUUGCUUUUAAAGUUUAAAAAGGGGACAAUAUAUAAUGAUAUUUCCUGUAAUUCCGACAUGACCUUUAUUGUGGUAACAGCCGACACAAAUCUGGUUGGAAUCUACAAAAAAGUUGAAUGACGCAAUUGUGAUAUCAUUAUGUCAUUUAUGAUAUUUUAUAAUGUAUGGGUUCGCAAUGUUCUUGUGUUUUAAGGUUUAUUUGCAACAGUUUGUUGUUUUACUCGCAUUUUGUGCCUUUUUAUCAUGAAUUUUAUUUCGUUUUACAACAUUCAGUUUUUAACAGUUUUUUUUUUUUGUACCGUUUUUGUUUUUAGCAAGGUGUUUUUUUAUUUCACUUCCUAUUUCUUUCUUCUUA